ACCCACCACCCUUCCCCGCCUUCCUCUCCUCUCGGCUUUCAUCUCUCCCGCUCCCACGCGAGAGGAAAGGAAUUAGGGACCAGGCCAGCCUAUAACCAACAAAACCGAUACCCAAGAAGGGAAGAAGCAAAGAGAUCAAGAGCCACCCAACCACACCACCUUUCUGCCGCAUGGCUCCGCGCCUCGUAUUCCCCCUCCUCCUCCUCCUGCUGGCGGUGGCCUGCGUCGCCAACUCGUCGGCCCUCAACACCGUGGCCUCCGAGGCCCUCGCGGACUUCCUUGCCGCCAAGGGGGAUGACACGUGUGACGGGCUUCUAGGCCAGUGCACCGACGAGGACGCGGAGAUGGAGACCGAGACCGGGAUCAGCCGGCGUGGCCUGGCCAGAGCCGGCGUCAGAUACAUCAGCUACGGCGCGCUCUCUAGGAACCGAGUCCCAUGCAACCGCCGAGGCCACUCGUACUACCGCUGCUCCAGGGGGAAAAGGGCCAACCCCUACCGCCGUGGCUGCAGCGUCAUCACCCAGUGCCAGAGGAUCUUCAACUGAGCACCCAGUCCGAUCGAACAAGAGAUUAAAAAACAGAAAAAAAAAAAAAAGGAAAAAAGUAAUUAGCAAGAGAAUAGCUGGGAGAUCUGGUUUGGUUAUUGUUAUGAUUAUUAUUAUGUACAGAGUCACUACUCUCCAUCACGAGGUCCCUACUUUCCUCCUCCGGUGAAUUUUCGUAACUUCCAUUCCAUUCUAUGCUAUCAAAUUUGUUCCUAAGAGUGCUGCUAUUAUUGCUGGCUCUACAAUUAUACUAAUAUUACCAACGUGUAUCAUGCCAUGUGAUUGUAAUAAGAGACCUAACUAUGGCUGGUUAA